UCGUGUGUCUGUGGAAUGCAGGCCAUCGUACGAAGAAGAAACUACGGGUUUUCAUUCCAAGUCUUGGUCUCCGGUCGUCAACGUCGUCGCCGUCGCGGAGUUCCGCGGAGACAUUUCGUUCGUGUGUCAGGACAAGGAAGAAACUGUGCUCUCUUCUACGGCGAGAAAUCGGUUUAUAUCACGGUCCAAUACAUGAAUUAAGAGAAAAAAAGCGACCAAAGAGUGUGUAAACGUGAAAACAGAGUAGAUAAUUCGAAAACAAGAAGAAAGAAGUGUAUCGAAACAGUUUUAUAUUUUCGGAAGUUCCUUGCGUGAAGUCGACGCAACAAGAAAAAAAAAGUCAACGAAAAUAAAGCAAAAAUGAAAAUCAAUUCGAUGUGAUUUCAAAGUGCAGUGCGUGGAGGUUUAUGCAAUCCUCCGGCCAACACCGAAGUUGUCGUCAAAGUCUUGGAUGGGUGACUUCGUCCGUCCCGAAAGUCGUCUUCGUCGAGAGAUCAGCACAGUGAAUUCUGCCGAGUUGGAAACUCAACAACUGCUGCUGCAGUUACACACAUACGGACAAGUUUGGAAUCUCAGACGAGAUCUCUGCAGAACAAGUGCUGCUCUCUAUUACGCGUGGAUGCUACCAGUUCGAGGUUGAACUUUGUGUGGAAUUUGUGCUUGUUUAAGAUUUUCAUCUUCUAAACAAGAUCAAUCGAGUGUGUUUGUGUGUGAGUGUGUGUUUUUGAACAAACGAAUCAUCGAAACAACGAAAGUAGUGUGCCAAAGCUCUUCAAGUGGAGAGAGUCCGAGAAUGUUUUAGCGCUUGAGUGGACCAUUGGUGAAACGAGAAAUGCAGCUGUGCAGCAGCAGCAUUCCGGUAGUGGUCAUCGUCGAUACAACGGACAAUCAUGUUUGGAGUGGUUUCAACGAUUCAGCAACAUCCACCAAUCGUUAGCUGUUUGCCACCCCGACCGAUAAGCAGCGGAAGCGGUAGCUCUAGUGUCGACGAGGAAGAUUCGAAUUCCACGACCGCUGGGACGACCAGAAACGGUCCGUCCGAGAUUAUCAACUCGGUUGGUGUUUCGGGUGGGAACGGAACGGACGGAACUGGUGGCGGUGGAGGAGCGCGAAGUGUUGUCAACAUGAAGUGGAACAGCAGUUCCACGUCCAGCAGCUUGAGCAGCAACAGUGGGAGCGACCGGAAGAGCACGUUCUACACCGAGCCGGAAACGAAGGUGUCGAAUGGAACGGCCGCCUCGUCCUCCGACACGAUGAACGACGACAACUAUUCGACCACGACGGAGCUGCUCCGCAUCCCGGACCAAACCAGCUCGGACGGAGACGAUCGCAGCAGCGUAAUCGUACAGCUGAAGGCGGGCUCCUCGGCCACCCUUCCGGCCGGGAUCGGUGGCAAGAAACGUCGAACUGCUGCCACCGGCGCCGGCGUCACCGCCCUGGACGGGGUCAUCAGCACCAAGAACCACCUGAAGCUAGUCAGCAAGGAGCUCGAGUGGGAGCGUCGCUUCCGGGACGAUCAGCUGUCGCGGAUACUGAAGGCGCUGAUCUACUUCGAGGCGCGACUCCAGAGCGAACACAAAGCCAUCCGGCAGCAGCUGCACGAGAAGGAUGAUGUCAUCAACCGGCAGAGCGACACGAUCAACCGGAUGAAGCGGAAGCUGGGCGAGGACAGCGGGGACGGUGGUGAGCUGCCCGAGGUAGCGCAGUUUUGUCCGCGGUGUCGCAAGAACUACUACGGAGUGGAGUUCCGAUGUAGCGGAACGCAGACGGCGGAGUACCGGGAGGAUGGCCGGGAGAGUGUGAAUACGGAGAACCUCUCGCUGAACAGUGUCGAGUACGCCUCGUCGAGCGAGGACCAGGACUCGUCGCUGUACGUGCUGCGCGCCAACUCGUUCAAGGACGCGCGACGGAGCCGCAAGUACACCAGCAAGCGCUCCUACCAGGGCUACUCGCGGCCAUCGCGGCAGUGCAGCUUCAAGAGUACGGCGAGUAGCGCCAGCAAUAUGGGCGUCGGCAGCGGAAAGCCGCCGAUUGACGGGAUGGCCGGUGGUGGCGCCGAGUGCAACGAAACUUACGAAAACAUCGAACCAAAUACGAAUGUGCCUAAAAUUGUGAUUUACGAGAAUUAUGAGAGCGAUAAGGAGAACAAGGAGGCCGGGAAUAACUACGACGUGGUGGAGCCGAGCUAUUCGAACCGGAUGGACUCGAUGCACGGGAUAAAGGGGGCGCGCUGUCCGAGGAUUCUGGAGGACGGGACGGAAACGGACGGGGCGCGGACGGAUGGGGAAGACGGAGAGUACAACACGCGGAAGUACACCGAGGGGAUGGAGAUGAAGCAGACGAUCGAGACGAAUGACGAUUGGUACGCGAGUGCGAGCGACAUGGAGGACUCGGACACGGCGCUGGGGAAGCCGUACAGCAACGCGGCGGUCAAUCCGGUGCUGGAAUGUGUGAACCAGAUACUUCUCCAGCAAUCGAUGGAUGGCUUUGGAGAGACCAACAAAGACCCGUCGUCCAGCAACGCCGAGGACGAUUUGUACAUUAAGGCACAGGAACCGCCGAAGGAACCUUCCGCGGUGCGUUCGAAGCGGGUCCACUUUUCCACCCAGAACAGCAUGGUGCAGGUUCCUCGGAUCAACCUGCAGCCAUCGCCGGCGCCUCGCAAGGACGACAAAGCCUCACCAACGUACGAGAUCCAGAGCAUCUACAGCAACGAGUACGAACCAAUUGGCUCGGAGCAGAACUCGUACUCGAACUAUUACGUGGACAUGGAAUCGAAGCUGGGCUCGGAGGAUCGCGAGCGAGAGCUGGCCGCAGCGGAGAAGCGCAAGGUUCCGCCGGCACUGCCACCAAAGCCGGCGAACCUGCUGAAGUUGCAACAAAUCUCGAAGCAGCAGCGACUAGUACAAAUCAACAAGACGUCCGUGGCGAAGAGUUGUGCCAGCGAUAUAGCAGAGUCCGAGCCGGAUUACUGCUCGAUCAGCGAGAUUCAGGACUCGGUCAAGUGUGUUCAGAUCGUGGCGGAGAUCCACAAGGAGGCUUGCGAGGAUGACUACUCGGUGGUGGACGAGGAGAUGGAGGAGGAUGUGGAGAGCAAGAAGAGUGCCGAUCCGGAGGAGUCGUUUGCCGACGUGCCGAAGCUGCCGAACGUGGCGGAGAUCGUUCCGCCGAAGAAGGAAAGCGGAGGGAAGUUCAUCAGUCAGGACAAUUACAUAACCAAGUCGAAUGGGGGAACGCCGGUGAAGGUUACGCCGACGAAGAAGGACGGCGAGUUUCGAGAGCAGCUGUCGGAGAUCAUCGCCGAGAUCAACAAGCAAUCGCCAGCGAUAAGGAACGCCUCGAAGAAGCACGUUCCGGUGAAAGACCAUGGAAUGGGCUUCCGGAACGCAAGCAACAUCCCAACGCUCGGUUUCCAGUCCAAGCUGAAACCAGUUGAUAACAUGAGUUUCCUCAGCAAAAUGAACUCCGGAUCGGUGUCGAACCUCAGCUUGAACGCCAAGAUAAACGGUUCGUUACCCAAGCCAGCUCGACCGCUCGCUCUCAAGUCAAACCUGCAGCUGAAACCUCUCAGUACAAGCCUGAACUCGUCGGGCAACCUGAACUCGCUCGUGCCGGGCAGCCCCAGCAAGACGGGCACGUUCAUACCAAAUCUAAGGUCACCCAGCUCGCAAAACGGUCACUCCCCUACCAAAACAUCUCCACUCAAAAAGCCGGCACCGGUUAUCAUCGCCGAAGACAGCAAAUUACCCAUUCAAGCAGAGUUUGAUUGGUAUAAUUUGGACGCCGAGUACGGUAAGUCUAACAACCAGCCCGACAUCAUCAUCGAGGCGGAUCCGGUGCCACCGGGCGACGAACCACCGCUAGAAACCGACGAUAAACUCGAAGAAGACUCCGCCAACGGGCACAGCUCCGAAGCCAGCGGCAGUGACCUGGAGAACGUCGAGUACAACCUGGACGAGGCGUACAAAACGCUGGCACCGCUCGUGCAACCUCCGGACAUCAUCCAGCAGAAGACCAGCCCGCCCAUGACCCCGCCCAAGAACGGCAAGAUCCCGUACAACAGCCUCUCCUUCAAGGAGCUGAUGGCGCUCAACGAAACGCCCAAGAUCGAGAAGAUCAGCGCGGCCGCGACGGACGCCGCCAACGGGAACUACGAGCACUUCCUGGACGAUUCCGGCCUCUGCUCCAAGCCGAUCAUCCUGCCCCGCAAGAAGCGCGUCUACUACUCGGGACCGUUCGUCUAAACUGCCUUUCUUUUUACGCUCUUAAGAUGUUACAUUAGUUGUUAGUAUUACCCAGUGCCGAUCAGCGGACGCGAUAAGGUUCGCAAAUCACGUAAUUGGCGUGAAAUUAGUUCAGUAGCUCAAUGAAAUGUCUCCCUCCCGGCCCGGCCCGAUGUACAUAUAAAGAGAGAAAACCCAAUUUGUAAUUCAAUCUCCAUAUUUACUGCGCGCGUGUGACGCUGCGGAGCGCAAAAUUCCAAAAGUCCUAAUUUGCAUACACGCGGCGGCGCUGAUUUGGGUUGCCGAAUAGCAUCACGGCGCGGUGGCCUUGACAGGUAUGCGACCACGUGUGGCUAUCCACGACCAGAAUGAGGCAUCGAGUAAUUAGGAUUAACUCGGUUGUGUGGGUUUCGAGUGAGGAGGGGCAUUAUUUGCCAUUUCAAUUAUGUUGCGGGGAGGUUCGCACUGGUUGGGACGUUACUGUCCUGGAAAAUUGAAUUCAUUUUUUUGGGAUUUAUGUAGAAUGCGGUGGAGAUAAUGUGGUUGAUGGCGAUAAUUUGACGCAGAAGUUGCGAUUGGCAGAUAUUAUUAAUGCAGACUGCAUCUGGUGGCCGAUCUGAUUGAACUUAAUGCAAUUCUUUCCAAACUGGUAUUUUUGCAUUCAGAUUGUUAGUGUUCCAGAUAAUCCCAUCAGCAUUCGCGUCUCUUUUUAAAUAAAUUAGAUUUCAUGAAUAUUCUGUCCUACUUUUUGCCUUAAUGUUGAUUUUCCGCAUGUUCAGACGGUCAUUUUAAGCCAUUAUUGUUUUAGGAAAAAUAGACUUUUCUUGCUUUAUGCAUGUAAUGAUUGCUAAAAAUUCUCCCUCUUGACUCGCCAGCACAAAUCGGAUGCGAUGCAAAUCUGAUCUGAUUCACACCGUUUGUCACUACCACACCAAUUGCUGCUGAAGACUCUCUUUUCUGCUCUCUUUCUCUCACUCUGAUCGGUUGAUAUGCGAUUUGCUCAAUCAGGCCGAUGACGCCGAUGUCGCUCCAAGAUAGAUAAUUUGAUAAUUUGAAAUAGUCUAUGUAGAGCGUCCAAUUUCCCGUCCCGGGAAAAAAAUUCCCGGGAAU